UCUUGACAUAGUAAGAAGUGAGUAGUCUACACUCUAAAAUGGCAGCAUUUCCCACCACCUACAAUAAGGAUAAUAAUACCUGGAGUGGUAUGCAACGUUCUUUGAUGUACAACCAAGACAUGUCCGUCGGUAGAAUUAUAUUCAAUAUCAUGAGGAACUGGCCCAAAAAUGUGUGUCAGAUCAAUGAUGAAGAUGGUAUAACCUUAACUAAUGGUCAAGCCAUUACUUGGGCCAUUAGAAUUGCACAACACUUGAAGAAUAAAGGACUGAAUAGCCAGGAUGUGAUUGGAAUAUUGGGGACAAAUUCCACUUAUCUUAUGCCCUUGGGUGUCGCCUGUCUAAUGAACAGUACAAAGUUUCAUGCUGUGAAUCCAAUUGCAGAUAAAGAUACUAUACAAUAUGCAUUCGGAAUAACCAAACCGAAGCUAAUCUUUUGUGAUGGACUCCACUAUGAAAAAAUCCGUUCUGCAACUCAAGGAUGGAAUCCAGAGAUUAUUACAAUAACCGGGACCAUUAAGGAUGUUCCCAAUAUUGAAUCGUUGCUAGAACCUACAACCUCAGAAAAGUUCUACCAGCCUGAAUCUAUCGAUAAUGGAGAUCAAACCGUGGCGAUUCUUUGCUCCUCUGGCACAACAGGAUUACCAAAAGCUGUCUGCAUUUCAAAUAGUAAUCUCAUAAUGAUUGAUAUGUUGACUACCAGUGAAUCGAUUAUCUAUUUGCCCAGUUCAUUAGAUUGGGUUACAGGUGUCUGGGGUUUUCUUCUUAGCACAGUCGCUGGUUGCACACGCAUCAUAUCGAACAAGGCUUUUAGUCCCGAACACUUUGUAAAUCUGGUUAAGACAUACCAGAUCAACUAUGUUAUAUUGCCGCCCAGACAUCUAGCCGCCUUAAUCACUUGUCCGGAUGCAACCCCGGAGGCACUUUCACCUAUAAAAAUGCUUAGUUAUGGUGGCGGUUUAGUGAGCUUAACAACGCUGAAGAGAACGCAGGAGAUCUGUAAGAAUGCCGUGUUCAAUUCAGCCUACGCCAUGACCGAAGUUGGAGUUAUAACGGGUAAUGUGGGGAUUAUAAAUAGCACUGCAGCUGGUAGACUUAUGCCGGGUAUUCAAAUCCGCAUCAUCGAUGAAGAUGGCAAGAGACUUAAGCACAAUCAGGUUGGUGAGAUCUUCGUGCACACUGGACAAACCUGGAAUGGUUACUACGACAAUCCGGUGGAAACGGAGCGCAUGCAGGACUCUGAAGGUUGGUUCCACACUGGCGACUUGGGAUACUUUGAUGACAAGAACUUCCUCUACAUUGUGGAUCGCAAGAAGGAGGUCUUAAAGUACCAAGGUCUCCACUAUUGGCCCACAGAAAUAGAGAAUGUGAUUUUAAACUUACCGGAGGUGCAGGACGUGUGUGUGGUAGGCAUCUACGAUGAAAGACAAGGAGAUGCUGCAGGUGCUUUGGUUGUGAAGCGAAAGGGAUGUGACAUAAGUGAAAAGGCGAUUAUUGAUCAUGUGGCCAAGAGGUUGAAUGGUCUGCAGAAACAACUAUAUGCUGGAGUUUGUUUUACGGAUAAACUGCCCUCCAACCACAAUGGUAAAAUUCUAAGGAAAGCAGCCCGUGAUGAAUUUGUUUCCAAAAAAAUAAAAGCAGAUAUUGGCUUAAGUAGUCUACUUUCUAAAAUGGCAGCAUUUCCCACCACCUACAAUAAGGAUAAUAAUACCUGGAGUGGUAUGCAACGUUCUUUGAUGUACAACCAAGACAUGUCUGUCGGUAGAAUUAUAUUCAAUAUCAUGAGGAACUGGCCCAAAAAUGUGUGUCAGAUCAAUGAUGAAGAUGGUAUAACCUUAACUAAUGGUCAAGCCAUUACUUGGGCCAUUAGAAUUGCACAACACUUGAAGAAUAAAGGACUGAAUAGCCAGGAUGUGAUUGGAAUAUUGGGGACAAAUUCCACUUAUCUUAUGCCCUUGGGUGUCGCCUGUCUAAUGAACAGUACAAAGUUUCAUGCUGUGAAUCCAAUUGCAGAUAAAGAUACUAUACAAUAUGCAUUUGGAAUAACCAAACCGAAGCUAAUCUUCUGUGAUGGACUUCACUAUGAAAAAGUCCGUUCUGCAACUCAAGAAUGGAAUCCAGAGAUUAUUACAUUAACCGGGAACAUUAAGGAUGUGCCCAUUAUUGAAUCUUUGCUAGAGCCCACAACAACAGAAAAGUUCUAUCAGCCUGAAUCUAUCGAUAAUGGAGAUCAAACCGUGGCGAUUCUAUGCUCCUCUGGCACAACAGGAUUACCAAAAGCUGUCUGCAUUUCAAAUAGUAAUCUCAUAAUGAUUGAUAUGUUGACUACCAGUGAAUCGAUUAUCUAUUUGCCCAGUUCAUUAGAUUGGGUUACAGGUGUCUGGGGUUUUCUUCUUAGCACAGUCGCUGGUUGCACACGCAUCAUAUCGAACAAGGCUUUUAGUCCCGAACACUUUGUAAAUCUGGUUAAGACAUACCAGAUCAACUAUGUUAUAUUGCCGCCCAGACAUCUAGCCGCCUUAAUCACUUGUCCGGAUGCAACCCCGGAGGCACUUUCACCUAUAAAAAUGCUUAGUUAUGGUGGCGGUUUAGUGAGCUUAACAACGCUGAAGAGAACGCAGGAGAUCUGUAAGAAUGCCGUGUUCAAUUCAGCCUACGCCAUGACCGAAGUUGGAGUCAUAACGGGUAAUGUGGGGAUUAUAAAUAGCACUGCAGCUGGUAGACUUAUGCCGGGUAUUCAAAUCCGCAUCGUUGAUGAAGAUGGCAAGAGACUUAAGCACAAUCAGGUUGGUGAGAUCUUCGUGCAAACUGGACAAACCUGGAAUGGUUACUACGGCAAUCCGGUGGAAACGGAGCGCAUGCAGGACUCUGAAGGUUGGUUCCACACUGGCGACUUGGGAUACUUUGAUGACAAGAACUUCCUCUACAUUGUGGAUCGCAAGAAGGAGGUCUUAAAGUACCAAGGUCUCCACUAUUGGCCUACAGAAAUAGAGAAUGUGAUUUUAAACUUACCGGAGGUGCAGGACGUGUGUGUGGUAGGCAUCUACGAUGAAAGACAAGGAGAUGCUGCAGGUGCUUUGGUUGUGAAGCGAAAGGGAUGUGACAUAAGUGAAAAGGCGAUUAUUGAUCAUGUGGCCAAGAGGUUGAAUGGUCUGCAGAAACAACUAUAUGCUGGAGUUUGUUUUACGGAUAAACUGCCCUCCAACCACAAUGGUAAAAUUCUAAGGAAAGCAGCACGUGAUGAAUUUGUUGCCUGCAUGUAAAAGCAGCGAAUGUUUGUGAAUUUAAAUUUAGGAACCUCUUAAUUAAACUAAGGAAUAAAUAAAUCAUAUGUAA